AUGUCUUUGUUUGAUAUUCCCCUUCUACAAUCGCCUAAAUGUCAGAAACUCUACAGACAAUUGAGCAAUCUGAUCAGUCAAUCUGGGCAAAGUCAUCAACCGAAUUUUGCUGUAGCUGUUCUUCUCAAUGACCGGCAAUUUCCAGCAGAAUUUGCUUCCACCAAACGUGAAGCAUCGUUACAAGCUGCGUAUAAAGCAUUCUAUCAAUUAAGUCUUGAUGCGAAGCACAAUCAAAGAUUUCUUGUAGAUGAUAAUUGUACAUUAUUUGAUCGCAUUGCAUCGACCGUUCUGUCCGCAUAUCGUGAUCUUUGUGUUAGCGUGCAAUUAGAAUUAAUUGGUUGUAAAGUGCUUGCCGGUUUUGUUCAAGAGAAAUGUGAGGAACAAGCAUUCAAUAUCGUUAGUUUAGCAACAGGUAAUAAAUGUGUCGGCGGUUCGGUUUUAUCUUCCCAUGGAUUAGUAGUCCACGAUAGUCAUGCGGAACAAUUGGCACGCCGAGGAUUUCUUCGAUAUUUGUACGAGCAGAUCGAAUGUUUCAAUCAAAAUCGUGAAUCGAUUUUUGAGAAGAGUGAUGGUGGUAAACUCAAAUUGAAAUCUACGAUUCGUAUACAUUUUUAUACGUCCUUUGCACCAUGUGGUGAUUCAGCGUUAUUCUCCUCGCGUGAUCAAAUCUAUGAAGGAUCGAUUCGAGAUGAACAUGAAUUUUACCUAACAGCACGUGUUCAAGGUCAACUGCGAUCCAAGAUCGAGAAUGGCGAAGGAGCAAUUCCCACGGAAUCGAAAAGCAGUAUUCUUUAUCUCGAUGCUAUAGCUAAUGGAAAACACGUUCGACACAUGUCGUGUUCGGAUAAAAUCUUUCGUUGGAAUGUACUUGGAAUUCAAGGUGCACUUCUUUCCCAUCUCAUCGAACCGAUCUAUUUACAUUCGAUAACUAUCGGUUUUCCAUAUCAUUAUGGGCAUUUAUGCCGAGCAUUGUGUUGUCGGUUACAAGAGUAUUUCCAUUCGAAUCGUUUGCCCGAUCCAUAUCGAUUGAAUCAUCCUCGAAUUGGACAUACAAAUUUGAAGUGGAAGGAAGUAACUAAUCAGACGACUAAUUCGUAUGAUAGUCUUAAUUGGAAUAUUCAGGACAAAACAAUCGAACUGAUUGAACCAUCGGUAGGAAAACGGAGACCGAAUAAUGAAGUUUCUCGUCUAUGUAAAAAGAAUUUUUUUGAACUUUUCAAAACGAUUCGACCGGUUGAUCGGAAAACAUAUUAUCAAAUGAAACAAAGUUCGACGAUUUAUCAGCAGUGUAAAGAGAAAAUGUUUCGCGGUUUUGAAUUAUAUUAUUUGACAGGAUGGAUCUCGAAAGAUCCAUCUUUGUCAAUGUUUUUAUGA